AUUUGCCUCUCAUUCAGACUCUAUUUGCAUACUCAUUCACUAGUUAGGCACUUAUCGCCGCCGCCGUUCAACCGCCGGAGGGACUAAUAGCUCGCGUAUUUUCCUCCAUUUUUUCUAUUAAUGGCGGGGAAGAGGUUUAUAGUGGAGGUGGAGCCUUCGAAGCCUGCCAAGGACGGGAACCCGUCGAUCGGACCGGUAUAUCGCAACGUUUGCGCGAAGGAUGGAUUUCCGCCGCCGGUCCCCGGACUCGACAGCUGUUGGGAUAUUUUCCGCUUGUCAGUAGAGAAAUAUCCCGAUAAUAAAAUGCUCGGCCGUCGUGAAAUUGUUAAUGGGAAGCCAGGUAAAUACAUAUGGAUGACUUACCAAGAAGUUUAUGACAUUGUGAUGAAAAUUGGUAAUUCCAUUCGCAGCUGUGGAGUUGAGGAAGGAGGACGGUGUGGAAUUUAUGGUGCUAAUUCUCCUGAGUGGGUUAUAAGUAUGGAGGCUUGUAAUGCUCAUGGACUCUAUUGUGUUCCUUUAUAUGACACUUUGGGUGCUGGAGCAAUUGAAUACAUCAUGUGCCACGCGGAAAUUACACUUGCUUUUGUGGAAGAGAAAAAAAUCUCUGAGCUGGCAAAAACUUUAUCUGGUGCAGCCAAGUUCUUGAAAACCAUCGUAAGCUUUGGAAAUGUUACUACUGAGCAGAAGGAAGAAGUAGAAAAGUUUGGUGUAGCAAUUUACUGUUGGGAGGAUUUCUUUUCAUUGGGCCUGGCUCCUCUCAUUUUUUCUGGCUCCGCUAUUGCACUUGUGUCUUUUUGCUUCCCAUGGAGUUUUCAUGGAGGAAACAAAAACUUUGAUCUUCCAGUGAAAAAAAGAACUGAUAUAUGUACCAUCAUGUACACUAGUGGAACUACAGGAGAUCCCAAGGGUGUCAUGAUUUCCAACAACAGCAUUGUUACCAUAAUUGCUGGAGUAAAAUGUCUGCUAGAGAGUGUCAAUGAAUCGGAUGUUAAGUUAUUGGUUGAAGAUAUUGGGGAGCUUCGACCCACUAUCUUCACUGCAGUUCCUCGUGUAUUAGAUAGAAUAUAUUCAGGUUUAAAACAGAAGAUCUCUGGAGGGGGUUUCAUCAAACAGACUGUGUUCAACUUUGCUUACUCUCUGAAACUGCGUAAUAUGAGGAAUGGUGCUAAACACAAUGAGGCAUCUCCAAUUUUUGAUAAAAUUGUUUUCAGUAAGAUAAAACAAGGUCUAGGUGGCCGUGUGAGACUUAUUCUAUCUGGAGCUGCGCCUCUUGCCUCCCAUGUCGAAGAGUAUCUGCGAGUAGUUUCAUGUUCUUACGUUCUUCAAGGAUAUGGUUUGACAGAGACUUGUGCUGGAACAUUUGUUUCCGUACCAGAUGAGAUGAAAAUGCUGGGAACUGUGGGUCCCCCAGUGGCCAAUGUAGACGUUUGCCUGGAGUCAGUUCCUGAAAUGGGGUACGAUGCCCUUUCGUCAAGGCCUCGCGGAGAAGUAUGUGUAAGGGGGGACACUUUGUUUUCAGGCUAUUAUAAACGGGAAGACCUAACUAAGGAAGUCUUAGUUGAUGGCUGGUUUCACACAGGGGAUAUUGGUGAAUGGCAGCCUGAUGGGAGCUUGAAGAUUGUCGAUCGCAAAAAGAAUAUAUUUAAACUCUCACAAGGAGAAUAUGUUGCAGUGGAAAAUUUAGAGAAUGUCUAUGGUCUGGUCCCUGAUAUUGACUCGAUAUGGGUAUAUGGGAACAGUUUUGAGGCCUUUCUUGUUGCUAUUAUUAAUCCAAACAAACAAGCAGUGGAGCAAUGGGCAGAACAAAAUGGUGUGUCUGGGGACUUCAAUGCCCUCUGUGAAAAUGCCAAAUUGAAGAAAUAUUUUAUUGGGGAGCUCACAAGGAUUGCAAAAGAAAAGAAGUUGAAAGGUUUUGAAUUUAUUAAAGCUGUACACCUUGAUCCAGUCCCGUUUGACAUGGAACGAGACCUUACCACCCCAACUUAUAAGAAGAAAAGACCUCAGUUGCUCAAAUACUACCAGGAAGUCAUCAACAGUAUGUACAAGGAGGCAAAAUAAGAGCACACUACUACCAAUACUGUUUUAUCACACUGCGGUUAGUCUCAGUUCAGGUACUUUCUAUUUAUCAGUCAAUAACUAGAAACCCAGUGAAGAUAUGUGCGCGGGAUUUUGUUUGUUAUGAUGAACUUUUACCUUGAUUUUUAGACUUUAAUAGUGGAUUCUAGUUUUUUGCUGGUUGAAUUUUAUUUCCAUUUCACUAUCACUCAUAACUUCAACCUUUAUAUUGAGAUCUUAAAAUAUUCUGGAA